AUGAUCUUCUCCAACGUCUUCAUCACCAGCGUCCUCGCUGCUACCGCUGCUGCCCUGCCUCACCGUGCCCGUGACUCCAGCUCCGGCUCCGGCAGUGUCCAGUUCGUCAACAACAUGGGCUCUGAUGUCUACCUCUGGACUACCUCUGCCGACCCUGGCAGCAUGAAGACCCUCAGCAACGGCGGUGGCACUUACAGUGAGCAGUGGCAGACCAACCCCAACGGUGGUGGUAUCUCCAUCAAGUUGGCCACCACCCAGAGCGACACCUCCGACGUCCUCCAGUUCGAGUACACUGUCGACUCCGACACUCUCUACUGGGACCUGUCUUCCAUCAACCUGGAAAACUCCUCUGCCUUCGUCGAGAGCGGUUUCUCCGUCACCCCCAGUGACUCCAGCUGCAACUCUGCCACCUGUGCUCCCGGCGAUUCCAACUGCGCCGACUCCUACCAGCACCCCGAUGAUGUCAACACCAACUCCUGCUCGACCGGCGCUACCUACGUCGUCACUCUGGGCUAA